AUGCCCACUGGUAGUGACAAGCGGAAAUCCGUCCUUAUUACGGGCUGCGCGCCUGGAGGAAUCGGGAACGCUCUUGCACGUGAAUUCCAAAGGCAUGGCUUGCGAGUCUUUGCAACAGCUCGCAAUGCAAAGCAGCUGGAUGAUCUCGAAGCUGUGGGCAUCGAAACACUGAGUUUGACUGUGGACGAUGAAGGCAGCGUUCAGCUGUGCUUUGCAGAGAUCGAAAGGAGACUGGGUGACAAGGGAUUGGACUACCUUGUGAACAAUGCGGGCCGCAACUAUACAGUUCCUGCUGCCGAGGUCGACCUAACUGAAGUCCGGGCCACACUGGAAGUCAAUUUUAUCUCUGUCGUCUACAUCUGUAAGACGUUCAUUCCCAUGCUCAUCAAGGCAAAGGGAACCAUAGUCCAGAUUGGUUCCGUUGCAGGGUUCAUACCUUAUGUAUUUGGCUCAAUAUACAAUGCUUCGAAAGCGGCAUUGCACUCUUACAGCGACACCCUGCGGGUAGAGCUAGCUCCUUACGGCGUGAACGUCACUACAGUUGUUACUGGCGGGGUUCAGUCACGCAUUGCGCGCACGCCGCGCAUACUGGCGCCCAACUCUAUCUAUGCUCCGAUUGAAGACCAAUAUAAUCGGCGCGUUACCCACAGCCAGGAUGGAGCUAUGGCACAUACUACCUAUGCGAAAAGCGUCGUUGCCCAGGUCCUGUACGGGUCUGCGCCGUGGCGCUGGAUCUGGCCUUGGGCCAAGGGUCGAAAGAGCUGGAUUUGGGAGGGAAACAAGAGCUGGAUGAUCUGGUUGUUUAUGGGCGGAUGGGCUUGGACUGGUCUUGCUCAUGCCGUCAUGACGAGAAUGUUUGGUCUGAAUAGACUGAGGAAGACUUUCGGGAACUAG